GUAAGGCAACAGUCAAGAUGAAGCUGGGAAGGUUUGAUAUUGAAAAGGGCGAAAAACCUGUAGUUAGCGAUGGCAAAGGUCCUACCUUUGGCAAGCGUCACGUGCAGGUGAUACUCUUGUUUCUCCUUGUCACAUCAUCAUCCUGUACCAGACUCAACUUGUCUGUAGGAUUGGACGCUAUGACAGAUGGUACUUUCAACGAAAACCCCAAUAUACCCACUUACACUUGGGACAACAAGCGAGUCAUACUGACUUCGUUCUACUGGGGUUUUGGAUUUCUGCAAGUCGUAGGGGCCCAGAUGGGCAAAGUCUACGGCACCAAGUGGUUGCUGACAACGGCGAUGUGCAUCAACUGCAUGGCCUUUAUAAUAAUCCCCGUUGUAGCGGAAGUGUUCGGUUCUACGGGGGUGAUAGUGUGCAGGGUGACCCAGGGGCUGGCCCAGGGGUUCUUCUUCCCCUCAAUUCAGAGCCUCAUCGGCCAGUGGAUCCCGCCGGCGGAGAGGCUGAGGAGCUGCGUUCUGGCGUUAUCUGGCACCCCCUUCAGUAACAUUGUCACGAUUUUGUUAACCUCUUACGUUUCUACCACAUCACUGGGUUGGCCCGUCACUUUUUACUUUUUCGGACUGUUGGGAUUUACAUGGGUCUUCCUAUGGGUAUUAUUCGGAUAUAACAGUCCAGCAGAACACAUCAGCAUCACUGAAGAAGAGAAAACGUUCAUAGAAACUUCGCUGGGCAUGAAUGAAAACGCCAAGUACAUAAGCACCCCCUGGAGGCGCAUAUUCACAUCCCUUCCAGUAUGGGCCACGGUUAUGGCGUAUCUGGGGCAAACCUGGGGCGCCAUCAUCAUACAGAGCGAGAUACCCACUUACAUGAGUGAAAUAAUGAAAAUGGAUAUAGCGUCGAAUAGUCUACUGGCUUCUGCUCCCUACAUAGCCACGUUUUUUAUGUGCUUCGUAUUUUGCUUCAUCGCUAACCACCUCAUCGUCAAUAAAUACGUGACGAAGCUGUUCGCCAGAAAAUUAUUCACCACGAUCGGAAUGGCAGUGCCUGCUCUUGUUGUAAUAGUACUGGGGUACCUUCCAGAAGACGCCAAGAUCUGGGCAUACGCUCUACUCAUUAUAGCAGCUGGUGCCAGCUCUGCAAUGUACAGCGGACAUUCGGCCAACGUUUUCGACUUAACCCCGACUUUUCCAGGUAUCAUAAAAGGGUUUUCUAACAGCAUUUCCAACGUGUUCAACAUUCUGCCGCAGUUCACCGUGGAAAUCAUAGUUAGAGACGAGACCGACCAGAACAACUGGAGCAUAAUAUUCCUGAUGUCCACAGCCCUCUACAUAAGCACAAACCUAUUUUAUUUCAUAUUCGCAAGCGGCGAUCUUCGGACUUGGGACCCUCUCAGUAAAAAGGAGAAGGAAAAAGUUCCAGAAAAGUAGCAACUUUGAAUAAAUAUACUCAGUACCUGAACAAUUUUUUACUGUGUUGUCUUUGGUAACGAAUGUGUUCUGUGAGGUUAGGUAGCAGUAGUCUUCUCAUAUUUAAAUCAAAUAAUAGCAACAAGAAACAUGUAACUCAAAAUAAUCUGUGAUAGAAAUGUGAUUGGUUUUGAAUAAAUAUUUUU